AUGGCCAGCUCGACAGUUUCAGCAGCGGGUUCUCCGGGCCGGAGGGAACCAAUCGCGGUGAGAUCGGCUCGCAUCAACAACUUUGUGCUCGGCAAAAGCGCCACGAUCGACGACAACAAUUUGAAAAACUUAUUCAACAGAGACUCGCUUCUGGACGCUUUGUUCGUCCUGUACGAAGAGCUCAAUAAUGACAGCAUGCGAAAGGAUAAGAAUGUACAGAAAUUCCUCGAAAAGUAUCGACAGCCGAUCACGGACCUGCGUACUCUGCGGGUUUCAAUCUCUGACUUCGAGGUGAAGAAAGUCAUUGGCAGGGGUCACUUCGGUGAGGUGAAAGUUGUGAAAGAAAAAGCCACCGGUGAAGUGUUUGCCAUGAAAACCUUGCGCAAGAUUGAAACCCUAAGCCAGCAGGCUGUUGCCUUCUACGAAGAGGAGCGUGAUAUAAUGGCGCAAGCCCAGGACACCAAGUGGAUCACAAAACUCCAUUACGCCUACCAGGACGCAGACAAUCUUUAUCUUGUGAUGGAGUUCCUGCCCGGCGGGGACCUCUUAUCUCUGCUCGAUCGGAACGACAACAUUCUGAGCGAGGACCAUGCGCGAUUUUACCUGGCGGAACUCGUUCAGGCCAUCAACACACUCCACUCAAUGGGAUACGUCCAUCGCGAUAUCAAACCGGACAACAUUCUCAUUGAUCGCCGAGGCCAUAUAAAAUUAGCGGAUUUUGGUUCAGCCGCGAGGCUGUCGUCCAAGAAAGACGUAACUUCUAAGAUGCCGGUCGGAACACCUGACUACAUCGCCCCCGAGGUGUUGCAGGCGAUGAACGAGCGCGGCACUUCCGGGCAAACCUACGGGACAUGCUGCGAUUGGUGGUCGCUGGGUAUCGUAGCCUACGAAAUGCUUUACGGUCAGACCCCGUUCAGCGACGAACGAGUCAUGAAAACAUACUCCAACAUCAUAAACUUCAAAAAAACCCUCGCUUUCCCGACCGAUUUCGUCGUGAGUCCUCCAGCAGUGGCUCUUAUCACAGCGUUGCUUGAGCACUCGGACAAACGACUCGAUUACAAAGGUCUCUUGGAGCACAAGUUUUUCGAAGGGACCUUCUGGUCGAAUCUGCGUUCAAUGGUUCCACCUUUCGUUCCCCAACUGACUGGGCUCGACGAUACCUCGAAUUUUGAUGAUUUUGAAGAAGAAUCACGGGCAUCGAGUCGCGCCUACUUACGGUCUCUGCAGAAAAAGGAGUUCGAAACUGCCAAUCUGCCCUUCGUGGGAUUCACCCACACCCUCGAAGCGGAACAGCACACUAUGGAUCCGUCGGUCGAGGGACAGACCGCCGCGAUGGCUUUCUCGGGUACUCUCCGCAAGAAUGACGAUACCAGGCGGAAAGAACUUCAGGAAAAGCUAGCGCUCGUGCAAGCCAGUGAAAGUCAGCUCAAAGACGCGAACGAGGGUCUGAAGUCUCGUUUGAAGGAAUCCGAAGCGAGAACAGCCAAAUUCCAAGAUGAACUGAGCGCUCUCGAACGCUGCAUGAUCGAGAGGGACACCGAGCUCAAGAAGUUAGAGGAGAAAUGCCAACAAGAAACUCUGCUAAGGAAACGCAGCGAGCAGAAAGCCAUUGAAAUCGUCAAAGGUUACCAAAGGCAGUACAAGCGCUCCGACGAACUCAUCAAAUGGAGUUUGACGGCGCCAGACAGCCCGCUUAACGACAAGAAUCAAUCGAGACUAUUCGAUCUACCGCACCAGAUCCUGGAACAGCAGAAAACGAUCGAGGAUUUGACGAAGGAGUUGCAGAAAUCCCGAACCCUUGCCAGGGACUACAAGGAGAAGUUCCACACUAUUUUCUCCGACAGCCAGAAGUGCGUGGAACGCCUCCAGGAAAUCCAAGUCGGCAACCUUGCAUACGUUGAAGGACUGAAGAAAGAUCUCACUGAAGCCGUUAAUUCUAAACGCGUUGUGGAAAAUAACUUGGCGAAUGCUCGUCAACUUUGUGAAGAGUACGUCAACCGGCUCAAAGAACUACAGGAUACCAAUAGAGAGCUGAAGAUCAAGGUCAAGACGCUCGAAGUCCGCGUGCAAGAGCUCGAAACUGAGUUGAGUCACAGCGAUCUGUCUGAAUUCGAGGGGCCAAGUGACUUGGCUGCAGAGUGUGCCGAGCUGCGCAUGAAACUCCAAGGAGCCCAGGAGACGAACACAAGGCUGGAAGUUCAGGUUGUUGAACUCGCAGAACAGGUGUCACAACUUGAAGCCACGGAGAUUCGCAGAACCAAUGAAGCCGCUGCACCUUGCGUCUCGUGCGCCACUCUCGAGAAACAGAUCGAGGCUUUGAAGUCACAGCUGGCCUCAACUCUCGAUAAUGAACGACAGAGGCCCGAAAAUGUCGUGGGCGUGAAUGGCGACGUUCAAGAUGGCAGGAAAGUCCGAUUCAGCGAGAUUGCCGAUUUCACGGUCAAUCUGGAGAAUCACGUCGAUGACAAUCGUAACAGUGUGACCAUCCUGACGGACGACGAGAAGAAGCAGAGGCUGUCCAUCGGGACGAACUCUUCGUUCUACACAGUGGACAGCUGCCUUUGCAAAUGCGCGGAAGAGAACGAGGCUCUCCGCAAAGAUCUCGAGAAAGCUCGCGAGGACCAAGAAAUAAAUAAGAAGAGGUGGCUUGACACUUCGGUCGAAUUGCGGAAACGCAACGAGCAAAUCAAGGAGCUCCAGCUCGACCUCCGAAUCGCCAAUCGCGAGAUCAAAAACUUCAAGAGCGCUUCGGAAACCAAUGAAAAAAUCAGAGGUCAGACUCUUGAAACCGAAAAAGCCCUCAAGGAGCAACUUGCGGCGGCGGAGACGUUCAAAUCAAGGCUCGCUGAGCUCGAGGAAGAGCUGCAGUCCACAAAGGAUCUGGCUCAACAGAAGGAGUUGGCGGCUGAGACAGAGCAGGCGAAACUCCAGGAACGCCUCCGAAUGCUGCAAGACACCACGAGCACACAGAGUGAUCUCCAACAACAACUCGCUUCGUUCUCCGACCAACUCAAAGAAGCUGGCCUCAGAUGCAAGAUGCUCGAGAAAGAGGCUGAGAUGGCGAACCGUAGGAAAGUCGAUGCUCAGAAGCAGUUGGAGGAUUGCAAGAAGGAGCUGAAGAAGGUCACUAUCCAGAACGAAGAAUGGAAAACCGAAUUCAAGUCCGUCGGUGAGCUCAUGAACGGUCUCAAUGACGAAGCCGAGCAGAACAAAGCUGAAAUCGUCACCCUUCGGGAGCUUGUGGCGAAACUCCGUAGCGAGAAUUCGUCCCUGGAAAACCAAGCCCAGCUUUUAGAUGAAGCCCGGUCGACCCUCGCUAACCGCGAGUCUACGAUAAUCGACUUGAAGGACGCUCUUCGCGAGGAACAGGAGAAACUGUUCGAAGCUCUACGCAGCAAGGAACAGUUCGAAGAACAGAUCUCCUUCGCUCAGGCUGAGCUCAAGGCGAAGUUGAGGACAAUCGACGGCCUCCACGAAGAAGUUCUAAGCUUGAAACGUGAAACCUCGAAACACAUAACGAUGAUCAAUUCCCUGAAUCGGAAUAUGGUACAACUCAACGAGCAGCUCGAAGACACCAAUAUAAAGGCCGAAGAAGAGGAGGAGAGGAAUAGAUGUAUCAUGGCGCAGAUGAAGAAACAGCAGAGCGAACACAGCUACGCUGUUUUGAGACUCACCAAACAGCUACAGCAAUACGAGAAGUGCGUCGAGUUCCUCAAAGAACAACUGGCCAAAGCGAACACCAAGAAGAGCCUGUUCGGCUUCGGUGGGAAGAGCAAGGAAGAGAAAGACCGACACGGUCCGAGGGACAAAGAAUACACCAGCAAGAUCCGCAAAUUACAACAAGAACUCGAAAGUUCCCGCCAAGAAGUUAUGGAGCUCCAAAAGAAACUCAGUGAAGUCGAACGCCGGCUCGUGAGAGAGCAGGAACGAAACGAGAAGAAGGCGCAGCAAACCGCAUCGCUCAACUACCACGAUAGCGCGAGCUCGAGUCUCAGUGACUCCAGUCAUCAGGAGCCUGUGAACACGACAAAUGCGGUCAACCUCUGCUCUCCUCAUCAAUUGCGAGCCGUGGAAGAAUUGACGAAAUCGCCAGCCUCCAAUCAAGCCUUGCAGCAACACACCGGACCCUUCCAAGGUCCAACCAACCGCAUAUCCCACAACAUCCCGCAUAAGCUCCACCAUUCCAUGGCGUAUUCCAACAAGAAGUGCGAUUUGUGCUCUCGCUCUGUGCUGAUGGGCACGAAAAUUGCCACGUGCCAAGAGUGUGACCAUGCCUUCCACGUAUCGUGCAGCCAAAAGGCGCCACCGGUCUGCGGUCUGACGCGAGAGCACCUUCGUCUCUAUGAAAAAAUGACCAGCGUCAAGUUCGCGAAGGAUACAAAAGAAGUUUCGUUCAACGCCGAGAGACCGGAGGGCUACGUCAAGAUACCAAAGAACGGGAGUCCAAAGUUCGGAUGGGAGAAAGCCUAUAUGGUUCUUGACGAUGGUAUUCUGUACUUAUUCGAUAAGAAUUUCACCCCAGGAGGCAACAACAUCGAGGCUGUCGAUCGGUACAACCUCGUUGGCGACGGAAACACGCAUAUCUACAUCGAUCGAGAUGUUUUCAAAUCAGAACUCCGUGAAGGAGUCAACACUGAUUACGUUCUCAAGCUGGUUGUGCACAAUCGCGAACAAGAAAAACGACCUUUGUAUAUGAUGUUUUCGGGUGUGGGCGAGAAACGUCUCUGGUACAACGCCCUGCAAGACACCAUCGAGAAACAUUCGCGCGGUAGCAAGAGCGUGACGCGGAAAAUAGCCGAUAUCCGAGACAGUCCCAUGUAUUGUCUGUGGGAAAUCGAUGAGAGCUUAUUGCUCGUUGGCGGAGCUGAGGGACUCCAUGUUGUUGAUGCCAGGCAGAAGAAGGUUCGCAGGACGAUUCCGGGUGUACCGGCGGUUUUCCAGAUUCAGCUCAUCGACAACUUCAACAAGGCUAUCAUGAUCGUUGAUUCUCGGAAGCAUGAGUUGGUCUGGUGUCGGAAGUCCGACUUCAGAGACCACAUUCAGUGCGAAGGGGACGUCGACCUACCUCCCGUGAGCCUCCUGCCCGUCGGCCUUUCGAACGGUCAUGCUCAUAGAGCUCACGGUCUGGAGAACUGUUCUAUGUUCCGAGUGAGUCGGGACGGGAGCCUUCUCGUUGUGAGCAAUUCUGAAGCGCUUAUUGUGCUGCGCUACAGAGCCGAGACGCUGCUCUAUGAAGUUGAGAAGAAAUUCGAGACGGAAACCUUGUGUUCGUCAAUCCAGUUGACUCCGUUCUCCGUCAUCUUCAGCAGCGACAAGGUGUACGCCAUGGACAUGCGAACCUAUGAGGUCCGCGAAUUCCUCGACGCCUCCGAUGAGUCUCUGGGAUUGUUCCCGACUGCUUUCAAGGGACCUUAUUACAUCCUCGAGGUGGAACCCCAGACCGAAUAUUUGAUCGCCUGCAGCGCUAUCGGCUUCUUCGUCAAUGCUCAAGGGCGCCGGAACCGUGUCGGCGAUAUCAACCUUGGAAGCUCGAUCCUUAACCUCGAAAUGUGCCAAAGGUCCCUCUUCGUUUGUGACGACGAUCACAUCCAGGUGUGUAUGGUUAUGCCGUCCGGAAGCCACAAUGACCUUCGGUUGGUGGAAACAUUGCACGCCCGCAGCAUCCGUUAUCUCGGCCGAGCCAGAGGCAGCGAUGCCAUCUACGUGGCCUGGAUUUGGAAGAAUAAACCAUGCAUUUCGAAAAUAUUCGCGUUCCCCGUAGACAGCUCAUCUCUGAGCGAUCUAUCUGUUGCAACCGGCGGCGAAUUUUCGUUCACAUCAUCGAUUGAAGAAAACCUCGAUCGCUUCGAAGAUUGUCACGAUUGA